ACGCAUGAGGAUGGUCUGAUUUUUGUCUCCGUUUCUGAGAUUAUAAACAUUGCUGUGUUCACUAAUUCUCCUCCUAGAAACUGAUGCAUUUUUAUGUCUGAGUGACUUGGAGCUGGACUGGAGUGGACGGGAUGACAAAUAUAAACGGUGCCUCGUCUGUGAAUGACCGCCAGGGCCAUCUCAACCGCCUCCUUGAUGCCGUCAAACAGUGUCAGGUUCGAUUUGGUGGCAAGAAGGAAUUGGCUACAGAUUCAGAUAGCAGGGUUAGUUGUCUGUGUUCAUCAUGGGAGGUUGUACUUCAGCACGGCAUGAGGCAUACCAAGAAGGCACUCUCAACUCUCAAACAAGUAAGCGAGAUGACUGGCCUGACUAAGAUGACUGGUGUCCUCGCAGAGAUCAAAAAUCUGGAAACUGAACCAGCAUUUUGGCAGUUUGUGAAGGAGUAUCUGAAUAAACAUGAGCUACAGCGCUAUGCAAUGCUGAAGAACAUCCAUACAGAUGCCGGUCGAGGAAGGGCAUGGUUACGAUCGGCCUUCAAUGAACAUUCCCUGGAAAGAUACAUGCACAUGAUGAUAGGAGAUGAUUCGUUACUAGUCCAAUAUUAUGAGGACUGGGCAUUCCUGAGGGACCAAGAGAGGAGUAGCAUGUUACCCAUGAUGGCUGCUGGCCUAGGGUCCAUUCUCUUUGCCAUCACCAUAGAUGACCCAGAGCUCAACACAAUACGUCCAGCACAGGGCUUACUUGACCUACCUUUCAAUCACGCCAUGGCACCAGUGCAUGAUGAGGAUCAGAAACCAGUCAUAGCUGGGGAGGCUGCCAUUAAUGACAAGAAACUUCCUGCUGCUGAAAAGAUUAAAAAGAAAAAGAAACCGGUCAACUUUAUUGAUUUGGGCGGUGGAGAUGAGACGUCAGAGGACCCACAGAAAGAAAAUGUCAAAGUCAAAAAAGAAAAGAGGAAGAAGAAGAAAGUGGCUAAAUUAGUAUCGUUUGAUGAAAACACUGGAAGCUCUUCGACCAGACCUCGCGUCGUCUCCCCGGAGCCCAACUUUUCUCCUGCCUUAUCUGACAAGUCGUUUGAUUCUGCCUUCUCUGCGGAUUACUACAUGACAAACAUUUUGCCACAGGAGAAGGCGCCGGAUUUACUGACAUCAAGUCUUGCCGAGCCACUAGUUUCGACGUCUGCCAGCUCAAGCACGGGAACAUUUGUCACACCAAGAAGUGAUACUGACAUCAAUGUGACGGCCUCUUAUCAAGCAAGUGCUCCAGAGGCAAACUCUACAUUAUCUAAUGUCAAAUCAAAUUCAUUCAGUAGCUUGGUUUCUGAGAAUGGACAUUCAGGGAAUAGUCAGAUGAGGAAUCAACCUGGAGCCUCUCUCAGUCCUGAGAAUCAAGCAGAACUGAACACAAGUGCAAUAAAUGAAAGUUUUGUGACAAAUUUACAGAAACUUGACACGUCGCUUGGUACAGGUAGUGCUGAUAGACAAGGAUUAAGUCUUACUGGUCUGACGUUGGGCCAGAGAGUUGUACCUCUUGUCGAACUGAAUCAGGGAGCGAUCAAGGACGACCAAUCAGAAGUGUCCAGCAUUUACACAUCGGCGCCAACCAGUCCUGUCAGUUUGACCAGUGGCACCACCUUUGAUACACCGCCGCCCCCUGUGGAGAGGAGAUUAACUACAGGAAUACGUCGAAGUCCAAGUCAAACAUCGCGAGCAUCAUCAACGUCAGAGUCUGAUUAUGGGAUGCUGUUUGUUGCCAGUACGGAGAGUGGAGCUCCUCUCACUCCUAUAACCAACAGUAGUGGUAGUGCCUCAGAUUUCAUGAUGACCAUGUGUUCUAAGACUGACGACACAGCAUCUGUCGAUUCCGCUAACCUUCCUGAUUAUUCAUCCUACUCAGAGAGUGGUGUAUAUGCCUUGGCUAUAGCUCAAAGGGGACUCAUUGAAAGUCAUUCUAGUCAUGGUUUACGGACUGCCGGUGAUGGUAGCUAUGGACCUGAGAAGAUGGACUCUCCGGGUCCGGUGAAACAUGAGACCAUGUCAACAGAAGAACUUAAACAGGCUGUUGUUGCUAUGAUGUUGAGGAAAGAUGAAGUUGAGGAACAAAACAGGUGCCUGAGGAACAUGCUUGACCAGGAAAUAGAAAUGUCUGCAGGACUGAAAGCUGAAAUGGAAGAGAUUAGAAAAGAGGACCAAUCAGUGGCGGAGAGGGAUCAGUCAAAGAUUCAGGCUUUGUCACGAGAGAACGAAUUGCUCAAACACCAGCUAAAGAAAUAUGUCAACGCAGUGCAGCUUUUGAGGAGGGAAGGUCUAGCAGCCGAGGCAAAGACAGGUAUCCACUUAGAUGCCCCUCAGCCCCCACUGCCACCAGAAAAACCUGCUGUUGACUACAGCUUCGAGGCGAGUGAGUUUGAGAAGAAGUUGAUCCAGGUGGCGGAGAUGCACGGUGAACUGAUGGAGUUUAACGAGGUGCUGCAUCGCCAGCUGAACGCCAAGGAGAACGAGCUGAAGAGACUGAAGCAGGAUAUCAUUGAGUUGAGAGGACCACUUGGCUAUGAUGGUCAGUCAACAGACAACUUGAGUAUAUCAUCUGACUCUGAUAUGAUGAGUGCUGCCUCCAGGCCUAUUGUGAAUAUUUGGAUUCCAUCAGUUUUCCUGCGUGGAACCGGUUCAGAUGCCCACCAUGUUUAUCAGCUCUACAUCAGAAUCCGUGAUGUUGAGUGGAAUGUGUAUCGGCGUUACGCCCAGUUCCAUGAGCUCCAUGUCAAGAUAAAGAAGCACAACCCAAUAUUGAAUACCUUCGAAUUCCCACCAAAGAAGGCACUAGGUAAUAAGAGCAAUAAGUUUGUUGAGGAGAGGCGGAGGAAGCUGCAGACGUACAUCAGAAGGGUGCUCAACUGGAUGCUACAGAAACAUGCUGAUGUUGCUGGCUCCAUCACCAAGGAGAAGCUCAUUGAGAUUAUUCCACUUCUUGGAGACAUUCCUCCCCCGGAUAAGAAAGGACGCAAGAAGACCCCAGCCAAGGCAGCGACCUCCCAACCAGAACCACCAACCACACCGCAAUACCAAGGCUUAUAGGAUGGAUGUGGCCAAUACAAGUCGGCUUAACGUGUUGUGGAGGAGACCUUCUGUUAUGGAGGGAUAAGCAUGAGAGGCUUCCACUGCCUGUAGGAGAACUCAUUUGUUUGCUUGGAUGUGUUCAGAUCUAUCAAACUGCUAACCACAAGCAUGCUUUGCUGGUUAGCUGUCCUAAUUAUUUGACUGGUUUUAAAAGGACUUUGUCACAAUCAGUACAUGUCAUCACAUGUUAUUUGGAAGUGCACUCUUUAUGUUAAGUUUUAAUUUGACAGUGUGUUUGGCAGUUGUGGCUAUUUCAGCACAUCCUGCAUGCUGUUCAGCCUGUUUGUCCUCAGAGAUAUAGUGUUUGUAUUGAACUGUUAAUACAAGUCAUGUUGUUUGCAAGUCUUCAUCACAUUAAACCAUAACUAGGGCUUUAUUCAUAAAAUCAACUGUGAUUUUUUGGCCAAUGGUAAUAGUCAUUUCACUCUCCACAUUUUCUGUAAAUAUUGUAAAUCUGGCUGAGAAACACCACUUCUUAAGAUAGAAAUAGUGUGAAUGUGGCAGGAUUGUAACCUACAGCUUUUUUACAUGUUAAACAUGUCGUUUCAGAUUAAAUGUUUAGAAACAAUUUUUUUAAUUUGUUUUGAUGGUCAUAAUGGUGCCUGAGUCUUUUUAUCUUUCUGACAUGACGUUGAGUAUGUUGGCCAGAACCCUGAGUCAAAACUCACUUGAUGUAAUUGUGAUUUCAUUAAUCAUGUAAUUGAUGAUUAACUGUAUGUGCUAAUUAUAGGUUAUAUAAGUAUACUUCUCACUAAUUGUUAUCAAAUGAUUGUGUUCUUGUCGUGGAAAUUGACACCAAAAUUAGCUUUGCAUGUGAUAUAAGGUUGUAAAGUAAAAGGUAACAGUGUGACAUAUAUUCACAAGGCAAAUAUAAGAAAAGACUCGACUUGAUCAGGCAGCAUCAUCAACUGAUCAAUGAUACGACCCAGGUGAAGAUUAGAGGGAUUAUGCUGUUGUUGAUGUUUAACUAGGAGUUGUCUGAUCUGCUUAGGGUUAAGUUAACUGAGUUUGGUCAGCAACAUCCCGCUUCAUCCAGUCCUAUGAGUGCUUCAAUGAGUCACCCUCGUGGUACACAGAGAUGUCAGGUGUUGCCAGCCAUUAUCAAAGCCAGGGUUGGUAUGUAUGCCGUGGAUAGCGGGCCGCACUAGCUUCAAUUAUCUGCCAUGUGUAAGCUAUAGAGAUAUUGAUGUUCUGAAACACUGCGUUACAUGUACGGUGUAUAUUCCAAUGUUGUUAAUGAAAGUUGCUAAUAAUCACUGUCUAAUGUACAUAGCGAGUAUCAUGAAAAUAAUGAAAUAAAUGUCAUUGUUUAGUAA